CUGAUAGUUCCGCGAACUCCUAUUUAUUCUGUUGUUUUCAUCCAUUCAAUCAUAUUUCUCACCCUCUAAUUAACAAUGCUGCCUUACCAGAACAUGCACCAAGCAGAGGCAGCUCUUGGCAGAGAGCUCACAAUUGCAGAGAAACUAUGGCUCAAUUACUCAGCCAAUAAACCUGAUUACCUUCUUCAUUAUCAUAACAUUCUCUUCUUGAUCCUCUUUUACUCUAUAGCUCCUCUCCCAUACAUGUUUAUUGAGCUAAGCCGGUCCAAGAGGAUAGAAAAGCACAAGAUUCAAUCCAAAAUCAAAAACUCAUUCCAAGACAUGCUGAAAUGCUACAAAGAUGUUAUGCAAACUUUUAUCGUUGUUGUUGGUCCUCUUCAAGUCUCUUCUUACCCUUUCAUCAAGCUGAUUGGCAUCCGAACUAGUCUGUCAUUACCUUCAGGAGGGGAAAUGUUCUGGCAGUUAUUAGUGUAUUUUCUGAUAGAGGAUUAUACCGGUUAUUGGGUUCAUAGGUUGCUUCAUUCCAAAUGGGGCUAUGAGAAAAUCCACCAUGUUCACCAUGAAUAUAGUGCUCCAAUGGGGUUCGCAGCGCCUUAUGCACACUGGUCUGAAAUUUUGAUUCUUGGCAUGCCUGCAUUUCUUGGUCCUGCAGUAGUUCCUGGACACAUUACUACUUACUGGCUAUGGUUCGUUUUAAGACAAAUGGAAGCUAUAGAGACUCACAGCGGAUAUGAUUUUUCAUGGAGUCCAACAAGAUUUAUACCAUUCUACGGAGGUGCAAAGUACCAUGAUUAUCAUCAUUACGUAGGUCGCCAUAGCCAGAGUAAUUUCGCUUCCGUUUUCACAUACUGUGAUUACCUUUAUGGAACAGACAAGGGCUAUCGGUACCACAAGUCCAUCCUCCGAAAGGUGAAGGAGAUAGUGGGGACGAAUGGAGGACAUCGUGAGGGCAGCUAUAAUUCCAUGCCUGCCCAGGAUUUCAAAUCCGAAUAACUAUGAUAUAUCAGUAGGACGCAAUAUUUUGAUCCAGUUUCUUUGUUAUAUUAUUAGUAUUUAAAAGUUGUAAUGGUUUGUGAGGAUGCAGUAGAGGCAAGUGCUAGGCAUGGGAUUGUACUCCAAAAUAUAAAUGAAUUGGUGAGCUAUAUCUAGCUUUUGGCCAUUACUGUGAAAAAAAUUCUGGCAAGGUAAUUAAAUUCCUCCCCGAUGGAUAGAGAUCCGGGAGGAAAAAACAUUCAA